GGUAAAACUACAAGUAGACUAAAUGCAUUAAUGAAUGGCGAUAUGAUAUGGAAAAUAAAAUUCGAUAAUAAUGAAUAUGUUCUCGAUAAACAUGACAUGACAUUGAGUACGUAUAUCCAAAAAUACAGAAGUCAUUUUGUCAUGAAAAAUUAUGACGCAAUGGCAUCUUUGCCGUCAGCAGAAUUCCAAAAAAUUUUUCAUGAUAUGACAAUCAUUAGUGCCGAUUUUGAUAUGAUCCAAUUUGUUGCAAAAAGUAGUUAUUGGAGCAACAUAGAUAGUAAAAUAAAGUUGAAUCCAACCCACACCGCAGAUAAUGCUGAAAAUAACAAAAUAGAAAUAAAGGUUACAAGACCUGUUUCUAGUUUAUUUCUAAUUAAAGAUUUGAUAAAAUUAACAAUAUUUUCACAACAACAAAUCAAGAUCUUUUUAUCAAAAAAAAAUCUAUUAAUAGAAUUUAAUAGUGGAGGCAUUUGUAAUGUCAGGUACUAUAUUACACCAGCUGAAGACGAUUUUACUCCUUAUUUGCAUUAUUUUUCAGAAAGCACUCUUGGGAAUGAAGCUGAGCCAGACAAAGAUAAUUUUUUGGAAGAAGUUCUUGAAAAAGAAAUUGAAUUGGGCAAAGACAAUUUUUCAGAAAAAGUUCUUGAAAAUGAAGUUGAAUUGGCUGCAGAAGGGAGUUCAAAGAUUACACAAUUUUUCCCAAAAAAAAGCCAAGAGUCUAACAAUUUACCAAGUGAUUGGAGAGAGGUUUUAGACAAUUCUGAUGAUUCUGAUAUUGAGUGGGAAACUCAAGUAAAUUUAUAG